GCCGCACGACGCGCCGCAUGCCUCGCGCGCCUUGCGCGCCCCGCGGUGUUUGCCCAUGGCCGACCUUAGCUUCAGGAAGCUUCUAAGUGUGGACAGCGAAGAUUCAGCCGAGGAUGCUGACGCUGAGGAGGUCCAGUUGCAGGGCUUCGUGCCACCCCUGCUGGUUGACACGCAGAGAUGCACCAUGGUCAUUAUCAUGCCUCGAAACAAGAACACUGGCGGUGCAGUGGACCACCACGAAGUGGUGGAACAACCUUACGCCAAG